UUCAGCAGCUUGCUGCGUCAUCUUCGACUCCAAUUUGCAAUCCCUAUACUUGCCAAACUAGGUCGCUCGAAUUGGAAUGCUGCCAUAGAGCAUCGCAAGACGGUAGUCUACAAAAGUCGGACAGUUGCUGCUGCACACAGCUUGUCACACUUGGUUCCUCUCACUGGGGCUAUGAUACUUCUGGUCUUCCAGUGGACUGAAUACUGGGUUAGUUGGGCUGAAGAUUACUCAACGUCCCUGCAGUUUGCAGCUAAGCUUCAUGAGCUGGUGAUGCAAGCGUCCAUUGUAGAGAUCCUGCUCUGUCUUGUUCGAACAAGUCUAAUAGACAACAUGGUCCCUCUUGGCGCACUGACGAGUACUAUCCAGACAACUCAGGUAUCAUACCUCUGGUCCCUUGAUUUUUUCUCCCUCUUCGGGUCACCUGCUCUUAGUAGGUGGCAGCGAAUUGUCUUUAUAGUUGCCAUCCCUGCGCUAAUCAGCUUGACAUCGCUAGUUGGGCCAUCAAGCGCUAUCCUCAUGAAACCACGCCCAAACAGUCCACUCUCUAGCUACAAGAACUUAAUCCACCUCAACAAGUCUACAGAGAGUUUUUACCCCAGUCAGAUAGGUGUUGCUGAAGGAUUGACCGUUCUAUAUCAAUCAUCAUUCUGGGAUUACAACGGCCGUCAAGGUCCCAUGUCACUCGCGUAUCAAAAUAUCCCCGGCCUCAACAGACGGCGCAUUCUACGGUCGCUCCCCUUCGGGUUUGAAUUUCCCCUAAAUCAAGAAACUGGAUUUGUUGCCACUUUGCCCACAGCAUACAUUACCGGUGCUAUGACCUACGAUUCAGAUCUUUUGACCAAUGGCAGCAUAACAAGCGUGACGGCACAUCCAAUUGUAGAGGCGCAAUGCUUGACGCAGAACUCCAGUAGUCUCAAUGCCAGCAGCAAGAUCAGAUAUUGGAGAAACGAUCGGAUCACGGUCGGCGAACUUCCAGCGGUAGGCACUUUUGUUAACGAAGUUUCAGACCACAUGGAGAUGAAUAAUCCAUACGCGAUCGGGACUCCUUCGACGGUUUGGUUUGGUCCUGUCUGGAUUCGCGAGGCUCCGAAGAGCCCUGGAAUCAAGCUGUACGCCACCACUUGCACUGUCUCCGCCUACUGGAAUACUGGCGAGAUACAGUACUUCGUGAACGGGUUUACGACGAUCGCACAAACGAAAUCUUUAUCAAUACGCAGGCAAUUGGAUGCCCAACCGAUUAUCUUGAAUUUCACGCAUGCCGACACAUUUCGCGCUUCGAGAUUCCAUUACCUCAUGGAGAUGUUUGAGAUGGGUCGCAGUUUGGCGCAGGUUCUGGCUGUAACGCUAGCUAAUUUGCCCAACCCCGAUGAUCAGUGGCAUGACAGACUACAAACAGCAACGCCAAACUCAACGGCUUUAUAUUUCGUUAUAACCAACUAUGGAUACGGCUACGGAGCCAAAUCAACACCAGUAUACCUCUCCAUGGCGGUUCUAACUGUAUACUGUGCGAUCACAGCUAGCUAUAUGCUAUACACUCUCAUCACUGGCUCAGCUUCAACAGCCUGGAACUCUGGAACUGAGCUCUUUGCACUCGCUCUCCAGUCAAAGAAGCCAGAUCAUCUAGGACACACGUCUGUUGGCAUAGACUCUAUCAAGACCUUUAGCGAGGGUGUUGGUGUAAGAGUCAAUGCAGAGAAUGAGCUGGAGAUUGUGUUUGCGAAUGAUAGGGAUACUGGAACGAGGAAUUUAACUAAGAUUGUUAGGAACAGGGCGUACUAA